AUGCAGGCUGUGGUGAAGUUUGUCCAAGAGACGGCAACAGCUGGUAAGGAGUUUCUCAGAUGGAGUGACACUUUCUCUGCAUCCCCUCCUCAGUCAUCCAGAAUGGAGGAACUCCAGAGAAAACUGAACCAGCACUAUGAAGGCAACAAGCCCAGAAAGGUGAGGUUCAAACUGGCGUCAUCUUACAGCGGCCGGGUAUUGAAACAUGUGUAUGAGGACGGUCAGGAGCUGGACAGUCCAGAGGAAAAAUACCCCCACAGCUUCGUCCACCGUAAAAUCCCUCCCAGCCACCUUGAGUUGGAGCAGCUGUGUGGGUUUGAGGACACACAAGGGGGCCAGUCAGGUGUACCCCAUCCAACAGGGCUCAUUGCCCAAAGAAUUAAUGUGUACAGAGGACUGGCAAGUUACAAGACAGCUGCCAAUAAGAGUGACGAAGCAGAGGACAGCAAGUCGUCUGUAUUAGACUUUGGCAAGAUAAUCAUCUACACCAGCAAUCUGCGUAUCAUUAGAGCACCACCAAAGAAGUCUGAAGUCAUGCCGCACCCCUCGGUUGCUCCAGCAGACUCUGAGGAAUAUCCCAAAGCCAGGGACAGGGGGAGCAGGAGGAGGACUAAAGCUCUCCCCUCACCAGAGGGGCCGGAGAGGGAAGGGAAAAAGAUCAGCCACACAGAUACCGAGGAGGCCGCCAGCUGCCAGAGUUGUGGCGGUUCGGGCUGCGCGCCCUGCUCCCUGUGUCACGGCAGCAAGCUGUCCAUGCUGGCCAACCGCUUCAACGAGUCCAUCAGCGACCUGCGUUGCCAAGCCUGCUACCCCCACGGUCUGGAGAAGUGCCAGUCCUGCUCCAGUAAAUAGCACCAUUUGGCCGACACCCCUUGUCUGACAAGAGAAAAAAAAAAAAAGCACUACAAGGAGACAUAAGCCAUCGCUGGAAAAGGGGAAUCGGGACGGUGCAGCGGGUACAAAAAUCAUAACUUACAAUUUCUGUGUGCAGUGAACGUGACUCGAGAUAACACAAAAUGCAUAAUCACCUUUUUUUUUUUUUUUAAGUUUUUUUUGCAUCUUUACCCCUCUUCCUGAUAAAAAAAAAAAAAAGUUCCACAACAGAGUUAUCUUUUUAAUUAAAAAGAUACAACAUUUCAAGGUUGUUUUUAUCAACAGAAAAAGCUGCUCCCCAUCCUAUCUCGGCAGUCUAUUCAGCAGAGAGAGGAUGAAACCUUUAUCAUUUCGGUGCGAUGAGACUAAUUGAUGCUUUCA